CUUGAAAUAACACAAACCAUUACCUAAUUAACAAACUAAAAAGACUUGCAUUUCACAAAGUCAAUGACCAAACUUUUCCAAAGCACAUAAUAACUAGAAGAAGCAAAAACAAGAGAAGAACCUUAAACCAAAUAUUAAAAGAAUCAUUAAUGGAAGGAGAAAAAGACUUGAGUCUCCCUAAAUCCAUGGCCAAAGGCUUGCCUUUAACUUCGGCAGCCAACAACAGUUCUAAUUUUCAAACACCAUCUCCAUUCUCUAUCUCAGUAGCUUCUACUGGUUGGAGCUCAAGGCCUACAAUCAACCACUUCAGCCUCUUCUUGAGGUUCUUGGCUUUUCUAUUCUCUUUUGUCUCUGCUCUUUCACUUGUCAUCCAUGCACCAAAGAAGAAAAUCAAAGGAUCAUCAUCUCCUUCUAGCUUUGGGGAAUAUUCCGAAUUACUGUACUGUUUCACAAUAACGAUGGUAGCUUUCGCAUACUCAGUUUUCCAACUUUUCAAAGGCAUUCUUGAGAUUGCAGACAAGGGUAUUAUUAUGUCAGACAUGGUCUCUGAUUACACUAGCUUCAUUGUUGAUCAAUUGUUGGUGUAUCUUCUGGUUUCAUCUUCAUCAGUAGCAGUACCUGCCAUUAAGAACAUGGAAUCAUCUUCCUCUCUUUGGAAGGCCUCUAUCGUCUCCCUCGGAUUCUCUUUCGCCACUUUUCUAGUUAUAGCCCUCUCUGCUCUCUUCUCUGGUUACAAGCUUUGUAAGAGAAUAAUCUGGUGAAAAGCUGAUCUUGAUUAUACCAUUCAUCAUCAUAUAUAUAUAUAUAUAUAUAUACAUAUAUAUAUAUAUUUCAAUACAUAUAUACAGUAUAGUAUGAUAGUGAUUAAUGUUGCUUAUGACACAUGAAUAAUAGCAUCUUUAAUUGAUACUAAAAUUGUAAUUUGAUUUUAUCAAAAAAAAAAAAAAAAAAAGGUUGUCUACACAUUUGGUACCUUAAGUUUUAUCUAAAUACAAGUUUGGUACCCUAUAUUUUUAAUAAUGCUUAUUUGGUGCCCUGUAUUUUAAAAUUAUACUUAUUUGGUACCCUAAAUUCAAAUUUUUUUGAUAAAAUUUAAUCAAUACUAUCAAUAGUCUAAAAUUUUAUGAAUUCUAAAUUCUAAUUUAUUUAUUUGAUUACAUAUAUCUGAGAAUUGUUUGGUUAAAUUAAUAAAAUUGUAUUGAUUAAAUUUUAUUUUAAGGUACCAAAUAUGUACAAUUUAAAAAUAUGAGGUACCAAUUAAGUAUUAUUGAAAACAUAGGGUACUAAAUAUGUUUUUCAUAAAAACACAAGGUACUAAAUGAGAAUAUUCCCAAAAAAAAAAAUAAUGUUAUAUUUUUAACACUUCUUAAAAAAAAAAAGUUGAUUAAUAAUAAACAGUAUUCCAAUUUCCCUUCA